GGUUUUCUGCAGGACACAUCGACCAUCAAUCACUUCAGGAUGUCUGCUAUCGGACUUUUGCUGUUGGGCGUGGUUGCGGCGGUGGGCGGGGCCAACGUGUUCCCCGAGCCACGCUUGGAGACGUUGCCCUGCGGAACGACCACCAUGAACCCCGGCGAGCGAGUGGCCAUCCAGUCGCCCAACUUCCCCCAAAACUACGAUACAGACUACAGGUGCCAGUACGAGAUCACGUGCAACCCCAUGGAGUCUACCUACUUGGAGUUUAUCUGUCCUACCUUCGAACUGGAAUCGUCCACCGACUGCCUCAAUGACCGCCUGGUGGUGACUUACCAUGGUUCUCGCGAAGAGAAAUGCGGCAGCGACAGUCCCGACGGAACCAUCACCUCCGACGGAUGGACGCUAUUCUUUGUGUCCUUAUAUGAAUCUGCUAGAAAAACUGCAAUAACUACCAAUUCAUCUUCGCACUGUAACAACUACCGCCACUGCUACAAACACAACGCCCUUUGUAAAACCUCUCACAUCUACAACUCCCCUAUCCAUUACAAUCUCUGCAAAAUCACAAAUACAAGACAAACCAGUGCUUUGCGAAAUUCACCCAGUGGCUUUUACAACCCUUUAAAAUUGAAGUACGCUUGUUCAAUGAAAUCUUAUAGGGAAAUUCGUGACAAGUGUGCAAAUACAUUUGUGCAUGGUACUAGAGGGCACAGCGGCCACUAG